AUGCCUUCCUUCCAACAUUUAAUCAUCAUCCUCUUCUCAUCAUUGCUCCUCCACUUCUCCCAAGCUGACGUUGGCACCGCUUCCCACUAUGGUCCCCCCUUUUUACCGACGGCGUGUUUUGGGGGAGGUGCGUCGCAGUUUCCGUCGACCAACAUGUUUGGUUCGGCUGGAGAGGGUAUAUGGGACAAUGGCGCAGCAUGUGGGAGGCUGUACGAGGUGAGAUGCAUCAGUGCAGCUGUUGCAAGAACUUGCAUUCCUGGUCAAACGGUUCAGAUUAAGAUUGUUGAUAGAGCACAAUCCUCUGUUUCUAGGCCUUCAACUGAUGAUACCUCCAUGGUUCUUUCCACCACUGCUUUUCAAGUCAUUGCAAAUGUUUCUUCACCAUUGAUUAACAUUGAAUUCCAACAGGUUUGA